CAUGUGUUUGGAGAGCGUGUUCUAGGUCCCUCUGGUUACACUCUGCAGUCCCCGAGCCAGUGGCACGGAUUGCCCCGGAGCGUGAGAAAUCUAGCACCACAGGGUGGCUGCGGCCCGCCCUUUCCCGACACCGGCAGGGCAUCCGACGGCCUCCUGCCUCACUUCCUCAUCUGGGCCUGCUCCCAAGCCGCAGACGCUGCGUUCCCGCCAGAUAAAUUUAAGUUUCAUUUCCAGACGCCUCAGCUGGUUCCUCCUCCCGCGGUUCUUUCCCGAGUUCUUCAUUCCGGGAGCAGAGAGCGCCAGUCAUGGAUCCCCGGGCCGGAAAGAAGACGCGGGUAUCUUCGAAGGCCGGGGCCGCCGCCGCCAAGGUUUCGGCGCAGGGUGUGAGCGACGCCCUGUCAGAGCUCAACGACUCUCCCGUGGCCCGCAGGGCGCCCCUGCCCCAGGCGGGGAGCUGCGGUCCGGCCGGGGAGAAGGGACCGAAGGGCCGCGCGCCAAGAGCCUGCUCCAAGAAGGCAGCCCCGCGCGCGGAGGCCGCCGCGCCCCCGGUCGCUGCCACCGCCGUCCGGGUACAGGCACAGGUGGUCCCCGCGGAGGGGCCGGAGCCUCCGGCGGCCCCAGCGCCGCCGGUUUCCAGGGCAGGAUCUCGCCGCAAGGCGGGUGAGCGCUCCGCUCGCGAGCAGAGUCCUCCGUCCGGGUCCCACGAGGUGCCCCGACCCGGCGCGUCGAUUCAGACCCCGACUCUUAGCCGGAGCCAGGCGGCGCCGGGCGGCUGGAAGCCCCGGGAGGUGCUGGAGAAAUUAAAGCUGAAACGCCAGGAAAUCUCGGAUGCGGCGGCGAUCGUGAACAAGGUCGUGGACCGCCUGUUGCAGAGACUGCAAAACCUCGAAUGGGAGUUUAAAGACGUCGCGCUGCUGCACACCGGCAGCUACUACGAGCGCGUGAAGAUUUCUGCUCCUGAUGAGUUUGAUGUCAUGUUUAAACUGGAAGUCCCCAGAAUUCAGCUGGAAGAAUAUUGCAACAGUGGUGCUCAUUACUUUGUGAAGUUUAAAAGAAAUCCCAAAGGAAGUCCUCUAAAUCAGUUUUUAGAAAAUGAAUUAUUAUCUGCCUCUAAGAUGCUGUCAAAGUUUAGGAAAAUCAUUAUGGAAGAAAUUAAAAGCAUUGAAGAUGUUGCCGUGGAGAGGAAGAGAAGAGGAAGUCCUGCUGUAACCCUUGUUAUUAAAAAACCUCGAGAAAUAUCUGUGGAUAUAAUCCUGGCUUUGGAAUCAAACAGUAGCUGGCCUGCUAGCACCCUGAAAGGCCUGCCCAUCAAACUCUGGCUUGGUUCAGACACUAGGAAGCGACUAAGACAAAAGCCAUUUUACCUUGUGCCUAAGCACGCAAAGGAAGGAAAUGGGUUUCAAGAAGAAACAUGGCGGCUGUCCUUCUCUCACAUUGAGAAGGAAAUUUUAAACCAGCACGGACAAAAAAAAACAUGCUGUCAAAGUGAUGGACAGAAGUGCUGCAGGAAAAGUUGCUUAAAGCUAAUGAAAUACCUUUUGGAACAGCUGAAAAAGUUUGAAAGCCGCAGACUGGGUAAGUUCUGCUCCUAUCAUGUGAAAACUGCCUUCUUUCACACCUGUACCCUGGAGCCCAGCGAUGACAAGUGGCGCCCUGAAGACCUGCCCCUCUGCUUUGACAAGUGCCUGGCGUAUUUUCUUCAGUGCCUCAGGACUGAGCAACUUCAGCACUAUUUUAUUCCUGAGGUCAAUCUAUUCUCUCAAGACAAAAUUGACAAGAGAAGUAAAGAAUUUCUAAUAGAGCAAAUUGAAUAUGAAAGAAAAAAUGGAUUUCCAGUUUUUAGUGAAUUUUGAAAGUAUAUUUAGAGAAAGAAUCAAGAAUUGGGGUGAUGAUAAUAUUUAAGAGGUUUGGAAUUUGACUGAAACGAAUAUAAAUAACUAUUGAGUUCUCGCUGUGUCAUAAUAAAUUCUAAUCAAUAUAUAGAACUGACUGUCUCAGGGAAAAUAUUAGUCCAGGAACAAGAAGCAAAAGGAAUGUUUAAAAUCUAAAAAUAUUCCAUAGCGUGGAAGAGGAGUUUACUGUUCUGUGAGGCUUCCCCCCCACCCAAGUCUAGUAAGCAGGGGAAACCAUCAUAUUUGUGCUUGAAAUACAAGUUAUUCAAGGGAAAAAUUCUUGUCAUUUGGCACUAACCAAAAAAAAAAAAAUCACAAAACAAUAUCAAGUUCAAUUGAAGAAAAGAAUAAAAUCUAUAAUCACCUUUGUUAAGUUAAUCAAGUACGUAUCAGAUGCCUCUGUCUUCUAGCACAGGUGGGGAAGGUAGUAAGAGACAAUAUUAGACAUGAUCAUUGCUCCGUAAAACAGGUGUGCUUAGUUCAGCGUUUAAAUAUAUUUGGAAGCAAUGCCCUGUCCUGUAUGUUAGGAGAAAAAAAAAAAAGCAAAUGAAAAAAGAAAGAGCCUGCAUGUCUCAGGAAAUGCAUGUUACAGAAAAAUUCAAGGUAGUUUAAUAUAUAUGAUUAAAUAUAAAGCAUAACUUAUUUUAUUUUCAGUAACACGUCUAAUAUUCCGUUUUACCUUCUGAAAAGGCAGUGUACACACGUGGAAUCCAAUGCAGAGAAACGGUACGGAGGGAAACAGUAGUCCUCUCCACUGAGCCAGCAUUCAGCCUGCUGGCACCUGCUGCUGGCUUUUAACAUCUCCCUGUUUAUAUGUAUUUUGCACAUUGUCUGGUUGGCUGGUUUACUUUUUUCUCACUGUGCUGUAGUUCUUUAUACAUUUUGGACACUUACCCUUUGUAAUCUAUGUAACAAAUAAUUUUUCCUGCUGUGCAGGUUGUCUUUACCUUUUUUGGUGUCUUUUAGUAAACCAAGUUUUAAAAUUUUAAUGUAGUUGAAUGUAUCCGUCUUUUACAUGGUUUGUGUUGCAUACAUCUGUUUAACAACCUCCUAUGUUUGAAAAUGUUAAGAGAGGCCGGCACUUUAGCACACAUUGUGGGUUAAGCCACCAGUAGCAAUAUCAGCAUCCCAUAUGGGCACUGGUUUGGGUCCUGGUUGCUCUGCUUCCAAUCCAGCUCCCUGCUAAUGCAUCUGGGAAAGCAGCAGAAGAUGGCCUGAGUGUUUGGGCCGCUUUCACCUGGGUGGAGCCCCAGCAUUCUUGCUUCACCUGGCUGUUGCAACCAUCUGGGGAGUGAACCAGUGGGUUUGCUCUCUCUUCCUCCCUCUGUCUCUCUGUAACUCAGCUAUCCAAAUAAACAAAUCUCUCUUUAAAAAAGUAUCACUGAGGCCGGCACCGCGGCUCACUAGGCUAACAUUACAAAGUUAUAGUAAUGUAAUCAUUGGCUAUUAAUCUCAUUAAAAUUAUGACUAACUGUGUGGGCAGGACAGAAAUAGUAGCUGAGUGCCCAUGUGGUGAUAGUGGAGAUUAUCCUACUUUCUUAUUACUGAGUAACAAGUGACCACAACUUUAGUGGCUUGAAACAACACACAUACAUGGGGAAGCGUGUUUGGUUCAGUGUUUGGGAUGCAGGCAUACCAUGUCAUAGUACCUUGGUCCAAGGCCUGACUUCCCUCCCGAGUCCAGCUUCCUGCUAGAGUGCACCCUGGGAGGCAGCACAUGAUGGCUCAAAUACUUGUGUCCUUGUCAUCUAUGUGGGAGACCUUUAAUGGGGUUCCUGGCUUCUGGCUUUGGCCUGGUCCAGAUCUGACUAUUGUGGGUAUUUCAGGAAUAAACCAGCUGAUGGAAGACCCUCUGCUUUUCAAAUAAAUACAUUUUUAAAAAAGCCUUCAUUGUAGAGUAGUAGGUGGAGCCCCCACCUGCAAAGCCAACAUCCCUUAUGGGCACCAGUUGGAGUCCUGACUGUUCCACUUUGGAUCCAGCUCCCUGCUGAUGACCUAGGAGGAGCAGGAGGGGGUGGCCCAAGUGUUUGGACCCCUGUCAUCCAUGUAGAAGACCUGGAUAAAGCUCCAGGCUUCAGCCUGACCUAGCCCUGACUGUUGUAGCCAUUUAGGGAGUGAACCAACAGACAGAAGAUAUCUUUGUCUGUCUCUCCCUCUCUGUGGUUCUGACUUUCAAAAUAAGUGAAUAUAAUAAAAUGCCCUCAUAAUAUUAUCUUCAUUUCUAUAUGUCAGGAUUCUGGUCAUAGUUCCACUUGGGGUCUCAGGUCACUAUAAUUAAGGUGUGCCAUCAAUGUAAUCAUGGAUUCACUGGAGAAGGAGCCACUUCUGUUGGGAGAAUUUAGCUCCUUACACUUACUGACAGCUUUGGUUUCUUGCUCUCGGCUCCCAGAAGCUGCCUUUCAUUCCUUGUUGUGGGAGCCUCUCAACAUAGGCACUUAUAAAGCAGCUCAAUCCUCAAAACCACAAGGGAUGCAACUCCAGCAAGGGGGUGCUGCGGUCCUACUCUACAUAAGUAUGUCUGCAUAGCCAUGUACGUCCCGUUGCCUUUACCAUAUUCUGCUGAUCGGAAGUGAGUCACGGGCCCAGCCCCACUCAGGGGAAAGGGGGAACUCUUGGGGUGUGUGCCAGUUUAGCCAAUUGUAUUCUUGGCAGGGGAACUUUCGCUGAAGGACCACUCACUUCUAAUACCAGUUGCAAUUUCAGGGGAUUCCUUAAACCACCCUCAGGGUCGGUUUUGUUUUGUUUUGAGAUUUAUUUAUUUAUUUAUUUGAAACUCAGAGUUACACAGAGAGAAGGAGAGGCAGAGAGAGAGAGAGAAGUCUUCUAUCCGAUGGUUCACUCUCCAAAUAGCUGCAAUGGCUGGAGCUGUGCCGAUCUGAAGCCAGAAGCCAGCAGAUUGUUCCAGGUCUCCCACACAGGUGCAGGGGCCCAAGGACUUGGGCCAGCUUCUACUGCUAUCCCAGGCCAUAGCAGAGAGCUGGAUUGGAAGUGGAGCAGCUGGGACUAGAACCCGCGCCCCUAUGGGAUGCUGGCACUGCAGGUGGCGGCUUUACCUGCUGUGCCACAGUGCUGGCCCCUGGAAAUUCUUUACCUAUUAAAUAAUAACUCCCGUUCUCCUUUCUGCCCCCUUGCCACCAUUCUGCUUCUUUCAUGAAUUUAACUACUUUAGAUAUCCCAUUAGUGAACUCAUCGUAUUGGUCUUUUUGUGAGUUUAUUUUACUUACUAAAAUGCCCUUAAGGUUCACUCAUGUUGUAGCAUGUGAUAGAAUUGUCUUCCUUUUUAAAAAA